AUGGGAGAGCGGGAAGUCGAUUUGGAUAUCGAAAUGGUAAUGGAAGAUCGAGAGAGUGGUGGUCAUAGCAUUUCAGAUGAUGCCGUUGAUGUCCAGGACGGGUAUGUCUGCUUCUGUGGUGCAGCCUUUGGUUCCAAGCGUGGGCUUGGCCAACAUAAAAGGCACAGACAUCCUGUGGAGCUUAAUGAGGAGAGGUUGCGUCUGGUGCCAAGGCGAAGAGAGUGGUCCGAGAGAGAAGCCUCACGGUUACUUGCGCUAGCAAAUCAGUUUCUUCCGGAGUGCGAAAACAAAGUGGAAGCCUAUCGUCGCCUCUCUGCUCAGUUUCCUGGACGGAGUGUGGAAGGCAUCAAGUAA